ACACCCAGAUUCUGCUGCGAAUUGAGGAGGCCCAAGUCAGAGAAGAAGAUGGAGAACAACAAGAGCAGUAGCAGCAGCACCGGGGGCGGCGGCGCUGAGGAGCAGAACCACCGUACGCCGCUGGCAAGGGUGGUUUCCGAUUGUGCGAAGCGGUGGUUCCAAAACACCCUCAAGGAUGCCAAGGAGGGAAGAAUUUGGAUGACAAGAGCUUCUAGAAUUAGAUCCUCAGUUUGGAAAGUAAGCAAUAAACGCCCAGGUUACAAUGUAAGUGAUUCUGAUUCAGAUGAGCCAGAGGGAAACUCCUGAUUAGACCAACUUGGCAUUUCCAUCUAAUACAAUGGUGGUGUGUUUUAAGGAGGUGCCGAGAGGGAGAGGGAGGUUUGAAUUGGUUGAGAUCCGGCGGGCGGUCAAGGCAAGGUUGCCGCCCGCCGGAAGGCGAAGAACACCAAGAUCUUUAACCUAUAGCUCUGAUACCAUGUAAAAAAUUGAU